UUCCAAAAACAGCCGGGCGUACGUGAUCGCGAAUCUUUCAACGAAUCACGAGGGAAACGUGACGUUGGCCAACGAGAUGAUCCAGAAAGCAUGCGUGAGCCAUUUAUACAUACAUACAUAAAUACGACGAGUAUAUUAUUCUGUUUUCUAAUACACAAAAUAAUUCUUAACGUGCAUGCCGUCGGUGUUGCGCGCGACGUUGUCCGUCCGUUCGUCGUACAAAAAUACUCGCGGCGUGUACGAUGUUAAUUUGUACGUGCUCGACAACUUCUUUCCCAGUACAUGUUUUUCGUAUCCUCUAAUCCGGCACCGCAACAUCGCAAGUGCAUUGGGGUUGCAAUCAUUCUGUAUUCGUUAGACGCGCGUAUAAUAGUACAUUAUAUCUCGUACAGAUACACAUGAAUCUUAUGUCUGGCAAACUACUCGCAUUUCCGCGGAAAAUGUAUUUCGUAGUGGCGAACGCGUUUAAUUAAUUAUUUAUUUUUUUCUGUUAGCCAUCUGCAAAUGUGCUCUAAACUGCUGUUUUCUCUGUAAAAGUACUGCGCCCGACGUGCGUUGCUGCAGUGCACCCGUAAAGAGUUUUUAUCGUUUUUUGCAGUGUUCGUUGUCUCGUCGUUACCGGUUAUUCGCGCAUCGUGCGGUUGUGAAAUAGGGAUUUAUUUUAUUUUACUGGUCUUACACACGCACUAACGAUAUGUCGAAACGUAAACUAAAAAUUUUAACGAUCGCGGAAAAAGUAAACGUCAUCAACAUGGUGGAACGCAGUGGCAAGAAGAACUACGAAGUCGCUUACGAGUUUGGCAUACCGAGUUCCACGUUGUCAACAAUUUUAAAAAACAAAACUAAAAUCUUGACGAAUUUCAAACUGCAACCAAGCCGGAAAAAAAUGAAGCUCUCGGAAUUCCCGAAUCUUGAUUCUAGCUUGUUGAAAUGGUUCAUUCAGUGCAAGGACAGCAACGCGCCUAUCAGCGGACCCAUAUUGAAAGAAAAAGCCGACGUGUUUGCAAAGUCACUGGGAUACUUUAAUUUCAAAAACAGCACUGGUUGGCUGGACAAGUGGAAGAAACGAAACAAUAUUGUACUACGGAAACCUUAUGGUGAACGCGCACAGCCGACCGUUAAAGAUCAACAUGUCACGGUAUGGAAGAAUUAUCUUUCAAGUGACGUAUGCAAGGAUUAUUCACCCGACGACAUCUUCAGCGCGAACGAAACUGGAAUCUUUUUUAAACAUCUUCCGGACUGCAUUAAUACAGGUCUGGUUCGAGAAGACUGCAGUGGUGGUGAACAGAGCAAAGAACGCAUUACGGUCCUUUUGUGCACGAACAUGAGCGGUACCGAAAAACUAACACCACUUAUCAUCGGAAAUUCUUCGAAACCGAGAUGUUUUGAAGGUAUAAAAUCUUUACCGGUCGAUUAUGAAUCGAAUCCAAAAUCAUGGAUGACCUCUUCGCUAUGGAACAAAUGGCUUGAAAAAUUUGAUAAAAAAAUAUGUAUGGAAAAUCGUAAAAUUAUAUUAUUUAUUGAUAAUUGCACAGUUCAUGCCAUCGUCCCGAAUUUAAAAGCUAUCACUAUCAAGUUUUUACCAACGAACGUAUCUAUAAAGCUUCAACCACUUGAUUUAGGUAUAAUCGAAAACUUUAAAGUAUUUUACAGAAAAGAAAUAAUACAGAAAAUUAUUUCAAGUAUUGAACUUCAACAGACGUUUUUAAUUGAUUUAUUACAAGCUGUAAGAAUAAUUGAUAAAGCAUGGAGACAAAUCACUACAGAAAUUAUAAUAAAUUGUUUUAAGAAAGCAGGGUUUUCAACCUUGAGUACUAUGACUCAAACGACUUCCAACGAAAAAUCUCAAUACGAAAAAAAUAUCCCAGAAUGGUCUUACAUUUCGGAUCGAUUCAGCUUAAAACCAGAAGACACAUUUAAUAAGUAUGUCAAAAUAGACGAAAACCUCCCAAUAUGUGGUGACUUAACUGAUUCUGAAAUUGUGUCUGAGGCAACGGGAAUAUCAGUGUUAGAAAAUGAUACGAGUAACAAUGAUGGAGAUGAAUGUACAACUUUAAAAUCAGUUACAAUCAAUGAAGCGAAAAAAGCACUGGAAGUUAUACGAAAUUUCAUUGAAAUAACAGAAGGAAUGAAUAAAGUUCAUUUUAUAGCAUUGGGAACUAUAGAAGAUGCGAUGGAUAAAAUAAAACGUUCCACAGAUAUGCAUAAGAUAUAAUAAUUAUUAAAAAGGAAUUGUGAAUAAUUUUAU